AUGUCCUCAAAUUAUGAGGAUAACAAUGUCCUUAAUUACAAGGACAAAAAAAGAAAUGUCCUCAAUUACAAGGACAAAAAUGUUCUCAAUUACAAGAACAAAAAUAUCCUUAAUUAUAAGGACAAAAUAUCCUCAAUUGCAAGGGCAAAAUUGUCCUCAAGUUACAAGGACAGAAAUGUUCUUAAAUAUGAGGACAAAAGUGUCCUUAUAGUUGGACAAAAAUCAUGUCCUCAUAGUUGCGAGGACAAAAAUGUCCUCAAAGUUGCAAGGACAAAAUAUACUCAAUUUACAAGGACAACAAUGGCCUUAAUUACGAGGAUAAAAUUGUCCUCAAGUUACAAGGACAGAAAUGUCCUCAAAUUAUGA